AUGGCUGGCAGUCGCGAGCUCGAGGAGAUGCGCGAGGCCAUCAUCCACUGCGACGGCUCGCCCGAGAUGAUGAAGCACCUCAGCGGGCUUCUGGCGCAGGAUCUCCCCGCGCUCAACGAGCCCGCGUGCAAGUUCGUGCUUGAGUGCGUGCAGAACCUGCCGGUCAAAACCCCGGUGUACGCCACUCUCGUGGCGAUGCUCAACCACGGCUGCGGCGAGUUCGUCGAGGAGGUGGUCCGCGCCACGUGCGAGCUGCUCGAGACGUCGCUCGCGUCCGCAACCCUCGACGACAGGAUCAGGGCUCGCCUUUUGCUCCGUUUUGUCGCGGUGUGGCCCGUCGUUGGCAUCGUCUCCGAGUCCGCCGCGGUGGACAUCCUCGACGCCGUGGUCUGCGCUGCGCUCGACGCCGCGGAGAAGGGCGAGCCCGGAUGGCAGCCGCGCGCCGAUUACCUCGCAUACAUCGCCCUCGCCGCGCUCCCUUGGGCGGGUGGCACGCUCCAAAAGGCCAAGGAAUUCGACAGGAUGAUGGACUCGAUCGAGGACUACCUUCGCAAGCGCCGCCAGGGCCCCGACCCGGCCGCGAUGCUCUUCGCGCCGCCCGCGGGUUCCGCCGCGGAUACCGUGGACGAUUGGCUCGAGGAGUGCUGGGGAAGGGUCAACGAGGUGCGCAAGGCGGGAGCGCAGGAUGAGGCCUCCUGGACCGUCAAGUCGAUCCCGCCGGUGACCGACGUCGUCACCGGAGACGAGUUCGAGUAUGCCGGGCAUAAGCACACCCCGCCGCCGCUCAAGGUGGUCGAGAUGACGUUCAGCGGAGCCGCGGAGGCGCUCGCGGCGUACCCCGUGCGUCCCCGUCUCAGGUGCGGAAACAAUCGCUCGCCGCUCAAUUCCCCAGUCUUCCUCUUCUUCUUCUUCUUCGUGUUUUUGCGCAAACCCAAGCGGCUGGUGUCGUCAUCGCGGAUCCUGCCCCAGGAGCAGACCGAGGGACUGUGGGACGCCGGAGACUGGGGUCCCCUCGAGCGUUUCGUCGCCGAGGAGUACAUCGCGGACACGCUCUGGGCGUUCGAACCGGGGUUCAGGCGCGACGCGACCAUCCCGGCGGCGGACCAGAUGGGCACCCUGCCCCUCCCCGCGGAUCACCCGGAGCGAUGCCAGUUCCUCGUCGCCGAGACCCUGUUCGGGGAGAUGCUCGCGCUGCCGAGGCCCGCGCACGAGGCCGUGUUCUACCACAUCGUGAUCCAGGACCUGUGCCAGGCGAUCCCGAGCUUCCCGAAGAUGAUGGCCAAGGUUGUCGGGCAGAUGUUCAGGCAGAUCGGCCGCAUGGAGUUUGAGGCUAGGGAGAGACUGGCCGAUUGGAUGGCGCACCACCUCUCCUGCUUCGAGCUCGCGUGGCCCUGGCAGAGCUGGGUGCACGUCGCGGAUCAGGCUUCGGCACAUCCGCAGCGAACGUUCUGCAGCUCCGUGGUGCGAAGGCUCUGCCGUCUGAGCUACUACGAUCGCGUCAAGGAGAGCCUCCCCGACGAGCUCCACUGCAUCAUGCCCAACACCCCCGCCCUCAACCCCGAUUACAUCCUGGAGACCCUCAACGGCAGCAGUGGCGCGCUGAGAGACCUGCAGGCGUUCAUGAAGGAGAAGAAACCCGCGGCCGAGGUCAUGGAGUGGCUCAAGACCAGCGGCAAGCUCGACGCCCUCGGCCGCGCCGGCGCCGCCAAGGUGCUCACCGUCGCGGCUCUCCAACACGGCCAAAAGUGCAUCACCCACCACAACGUGCUCCUAAAGCGGUACGAGGGCGCGCUGACGGAGCUCACGCAGGAAUCCUCAGAGGAGCAGGGAUGCGCGGACGUCAUGGUGGCCGCCGCCGCCGGUAUCUGGGCGGGCACCCACCCCCACAUGGCCGUCACCGCCGUGUCCCGACUUCUCGAGCUCGGGCUGGUCAAGCCCGCCGACGUCGCGAGAUGGCUCGAGACGUCCAUCUCCGACGAGACCGCCGCCGGGACCGACGAGGACGGCGCCUCGCGCGGCGUCGCGUGGGGCACGGCGGACGCCUGGGACAUCGCGUGCCUCGCCGUCGAGACAGUCGCGGCGGAUCGAGUGAACCGCGAGUGGAAAGCGUCGGCUGCUCGGCGAAAGGUGGAAGCCGCCGAGGCUCAGGCGGCGAGGGCCACCGCCGACGCGGACCGCGCCGCGUCGCAGGGGCGACACGUCGACGCCGGCCGCGCGAAGGAGGCGGCGGGUCGGAUCGAGGGUAAGAUUGCCAGGCUUCGCGCCGAGCUCGACGACGCGAGCCUUCCCGUUGAACACGCGGGGGCGCAGCUGGCAGACGCCGCGGGCGCGCUGUGCCUGGCGCUCGUCAAGGCGCUCGCGCCGAAGCUGGCGGACGCCGCGGCGGACGCCGCCGGCCCGACGCCCGCGGAGGUUGGCGCGGAUGCGGCGCCGGAGCGAAGGGACCAGAGGGCUCUGGCCAUGUGCGUCGCGGCGCUGCGAAGGUUCCGAUCGUACGUCGGAGCCGAGUACGAGGGUAAGGUGAGGGAGGCGCUGGGCGGGGCGAGCGCGGAGGUUGCGACGGCGCUCGGGGAGGCGAUGAGCGGGCGCGUGGGUUUCAGCGGCGCGGCGAUGAUUGAGUAGAGGAGCUGUAACAGUUGUUCGUUUUCGUGAAGGGGGAA